CGCCUGGCAGUCCCGUCUCUGUGCCCGCGUCCGGCGACUCCCCUCGGGCGGACGCGGCGGCAAGGUCUUGGGCACGCGCGUCCCCGUGCUGUCGGUGCCCGCCGGAGCCCCGGGCCGUGGAGUUAUGCGUGUCCCGCGGGCGGGCGCGACGGGCGCGGGCUCCUGAGGGCGGCGCGCGCGGACCUGGGUUCGAGCCCGGGCCACCCGGCUCGGCUGCCCUUGCCUCGGCCCCCCCGCAGCGGGCAUGCGCCGGGCCCCGAGCCCCUGACUCGAGGGCAGUGGGCGGCGGACGGCGGCGCCUGGCAUGGGGGUGAACGCCGUGCACUGGUUCCGCAAGGGGCUGCGGCUCCACGACAACCCCGCGCUGAAGGAGUGUAUCCGGGGCGCCGACACCAUCCGCUGCGUCUACAUCCUUGACCCCUGGUUCGCCGGCUCCUCCAACGUGGGCAUCAACAGGUGGCGGUUUCUGCUUCAGUGUCUUGAGGAUCUGGACGCCAAUCUACGCAAGCUAAAUUCUCGCCUGUUUGUGAUUCGCGGACAGCCAGCAGAUGUGUUUCCCCGGCUUUUCAAGGAGUGGAAUAUUACUAAGCUGUCAAUUGAGUAUGACUCAGAGCCCUUUGGAAAGGAACGGGAUGCGGCGAUUAAGAAACUGGCCUCAGAAGCCGGCGUGGAAGUCAUCGUGCGAAUCUCGCACACAUUGUAUGACCUGGACAAGAUCAUAGAGCUGAACGGUGGACAGCCGCCUCUGACUUACAAAAGAUUUCAGACACUGAUCAGCAAAAUGGAGCCGCUGGAGAUUCCAGUAGAGACGAUCACUUCGGAAGUGGUAGAAAAGUGUGUGACUCCUUUGUCUGACGACCAUGACGAGAAAUACGGAGUCCCUUCCCUGGAGGAGCUCGGUUUCGACACUGACGGCCUGCCCUCUGCAGUGUGGCCAGGAGGAGAAACUGAAGCCCUCACACGUUUGGAAAGGCAUUUGGAGAGAAAAGCGUGGGUGGCAAACUUUGAAAGACCUCGGAUGAACGCUAACUCCCUGCUCGCCAGCCCAACCGGGCUCAGCCCGUACCUCCGGUUUGGCUGUCUGUCCUGUCGGCUGUUUUACUUCAAGCUAACAGAUCUCUACAAAAAGGUGAAGAAGAACAGUUCCCCUCCCCUUUCUCUGUAUGGGCAACUGCUGUGGCGUGAAUUUUUCUACACAGCAGCAACAAACAAUCCUCGCUUUGAUAAGAUGGAAGGAAACCCCAUCUGUGUGCAGAUUCCUUGGGAUAGGAAUCCCGAGGCGCUGGCCAAGUGGGCCGAGGGCCGGACGGGCUUUCCGUGGAUCGACGCCAUCAUGACCCAGCUCCGCCAGGAGGGCUGGAUUCACCACCUGGCCAGGCACGCGGUCGCCUGCUUCCUGACGCGGGGGGACCUGUGGGUGAGCUGGGAAGAAGGGAUGAAGGUGUUUGAAGAAUUGCUGCUUGAUGCGGACUGGAGCAUCAAUGCUGGGAGCUGGAUGUGGCUGUCGUGCAGUUCCUUUUUCCAGCAGUUUUUCCACUGCUAUUGCCCUGUUGGUUUCGGUAGGAGGACAGAUCCCAAUGGAGACUAUAUCAGGCGUUAUUUGCCUGUCCUGAGAGGCUUCCCUGCGAAAUACAUCUAUGACCCCUGGAACGCACCAGAAGGCAUCCAGAAAGUAGCCAAGUGUUUGAUCGGGGUGAACUACCCCAAGCCCAUGGUGCACCACGCCGAGGCCAGCCGCCUGAACAUCGAGCGGAUGAAGCAGAUCUACCAGCAGCUGUCCCGGUACCGGGGGCUAGGUCUUCUUGCAUCAGUGCCUUCCAAUCCCAAUGGCAAUGGAGGCCUCUUGGGCUACGCUCCGGGAGAGAGUACGCCAGGCAGCGGCGGCGGAAGUUGCGUCCCCGGGAGCAGCAGCGCGGGAGUCUCGCACUGUGCGCAGGGAGAAGCUCCGCAGGCGCCGCCAGGGCGCGACCCCGCGGGCCCUGGGCUGGGCGGUGGGAAGCGGCCCAGUCAGGAGGAGGACGCGCAGAGCACUGGUCACAAGAUCCAGCGGCAGAGCCCCGACUGAGAGAACAUUUGGAAGGAAUACUGUUGCAGCUGAAAUUGACCAGAGAUCAGUACAUUUCAAUUAAAUUAUUUAAAACUAUUCUUCAUCAAUGGAAAACGGUUACAUUUUUGAAUGCAUUAUUUCUAAUGACAUUUCUUUGGUUUGUAACUUUUAAUGAAUUUCACAUAGGACAAGUGGUAAUUUGUAUAUAAAGAACUUGGUAAAAGAAUUUGCUUAAUGUAAAUACAGUCACAAUUAGUAUAGACCCAUCAAUAUAUUUUUGAUAAUUUUUCAUGUAUGGUAAAAAUUUAAGUUGCAAACUGAUACUCUAAAACUCAAACGUUUUGAGAGUGAAUGUGGGAAAAUAGAGGAGGUUUUUAGACUUUCUUAAAAUACUUUGUUAAGUUUUAGGACAAAAUUUUCUCAACUACAUUAUCUGACCUAACUUUGGACUCUUUGAUAACAAUGUUUAGAACUACACAUGAUCAGCAUUAGUAGGUGUCGCCUGUUGACACACUGUGCUCUCAACUCCGUGUGUGCCUCAGCUGUGGAAGGACUGUGCGCCGUCGUCUCCUGUCUCCGUUUCUGUUCAUUUGUAGCUAAAGUGACUUUGUUAUUAAAGAACAUGCAAAUACAGAA